AUGAUCCGAGUGAUCCUUCAAGACUGUCACGCGACGCUUCGCAAGAACCGUCAGAGGAUCGACGAAGAGAAGGCAAAGUGCUUCGAGUACAUGGGCGAGAAUGGUACACAAAUGAUCCAGCAGAGGGUGGCACAACGAGCCCGUGUACACAAAGCGAAGCGAGAAGCAGCAUUCGAAAUUAAGUUUAGCGAGCUACCUCGUCCAACGUCAUCCAAAGAUGACAAACUGGUGCACAACAUAUCAUCCAAGGAGCUGACGGAGAAACAAACACUGAUGCUAAGGCAUGCAGCCUCAUUCAACACAGCUGAUUCCAAACCUGCUAACAUGGUUGUUGCAGUAGAAUAA